UCCUUACCAAUCGCAAUGUUAUGGAAAGUCCUUCUGUUGAUAUUGACUGCGCAUGCACAUGGUCGAAAUGAUUUGGGUCUCGCGCAGGAUUCGCAAGCAGCACCCAUACUUGGACAAUUCGUUUUAUCAUCUUCAUCAGGGGUAACGGUCCUGGCUAGUAAAAGUGAUGGUCCAGCUGGAAAUAUCGUAGUUGUGAACUGGAAGCAGACCUGCCAACAACUUUGCAGUGAAGGUUACGGAGGGCCAGCCUGCGGGCUGUCCUGCCUGGAACAUGAAACUACCAAAGAAGUCAACAUACUUAAAUUAACAACUGGAACUCAAAAUGAAGUUUGUUCAACUUUAUGUGCAAAUGGGUUAGGUUCACAAAAAUGUGGCUGUGCGCUCAAGCAACCACCACAACUACAUCCUGAUCACGAUGAUGUGUGCCGAGUGUUUUGUGCGUCUGCUAGAAUUCAGCUGAACGGUUGUAGUCAGUGUACUGCAGAGCAUGUUUCCGAUUUAGCAACAGAUCUGGAUUACCAAACCACAACACCGAAUUGGGACGAACUUUGCAUCGAUUGGUGUAAAAUGGGUGAAGGCGGGACAUUAUGCAAUUGUGAUUUACCUCCUUUUGUUUAGGAAUGUGGAUAAUUGUUAUCUAGCGAUUAAGGAACGUUUUAUUUGUAAUAACGAAAACCCGAUUAGUUUAAAUUUUGUUUUUGUUAACUAAAUACCAGAAUUAAGAAUAUAAAAUCAGAACAUAUCUAAUGGAAGCAGCACCGCAUGUUUCCUCUUUGUGCAAUGAAUUUCUUUUCUGUUUGGAUUCAAAGUAAAUUUUCUAUUAUUCAUUGACAUAAUGGAAUAAAACAUUACGACACAAAAAAAUCAAAGGGCUUCCAAACAAAGUCAUUUUUAAGGGAAUCUUAUGUAGCAGUGUAUAAGGUAUGUAGAUUCUCUUGCCAUAUUGACAUUCCAAAAAUAUUAAUUAGGUUUAAUGUGAACUCACAAUAUUGGUUGAUUGUUAAACUUCUUUCAAUUUCCGAUCGGAAAUUGAACGAAAUGCACUCCAUUCUGAUAGAGACAUCUCUAUCAAAAGUCAAUUUUUUAGUAUAAAUCCUAUGAUGAGAUUUUGAGUUGUUUUCAAUCGACAGGAAGUAGUGCUUUAGUUUACUAUGCCAAGAUAACUUAUUUAUCUGUACAUAAUGUACAUUCUUAUAAAUUUGAGCCAGUAACAUCAACCACAAAAAUCAAUCCAAUAGACAAUAUAUACUAUCUAUUGAAGGCAUGUCAAAUUUAAAGAGUGAAUAAACUGCUAUCAAAGACAAUAAAUAAUAAUAAUUCUGUCAGUAAUGAAUCAAAUGCACUGUUCAAAAACAAUUGAGUAAUGUUUGUAAGUUACUAAGCAGAACAGUGUCGAAUUUCACAGUCUACAACGUAACACAUUGAAAAUCUGCAUAAUGACCUACCUAAAUAAAAUAACGGAUCAACGGUAAUUUCGACUGUUCUCAUCAGACAUCUUAUUAUUGUAAAAACUCAAUAAAUGUUCAUGUAUUGUAUGUUUACGCAAGCAAUUAAUAUGGAAUUGCGGCAAACCAAACAUAAAAUAUUACAAAUACUGAUUAUUUAUUAUGUAAACGAAGAAAAAAUGUACAAUAAAAAAAUACAACAUUGAAAUGCAAUGACAUUGAGACAAUAAAUUAAAUAGUCUAUAACCGUACUAUUGAAUAUUGGAGAUCAUAGAAAUAAACUACUUGUUUAGACACCAA